AUGUUAAUGAUAACAUUCUCGAGUGUUUUUGAAAAACAUCUGCUUUUCUAAUAUUAUCAUUUACAUGAUCAGCAUUGAAAUGAUCACUUAUUUUCUUUGUAUUAAUAAUAUUAAUUAGGAAAAUAGAAAUUGUGACCCACUUGUUAAGAAACCAUGGAAUCCAGUGCGUUAGACUUCGUGGCACAAUCUUGUAUGGACUUAACAGAAGUCCUGAACACCGCAGAAUCUGAAGCAGACAGGGAUAUUUUGAUCACUAAUCAUAUAAAAAAAGUUACGUCUAUAGUUACAGCUGUCGAGGAUUUUAAAAAAGAUUUAGAAUGGGUUAAUGUAUCAGAGCCUAUUUCUCUGUCACAACAUUGUAAUGACAAAGUAGUAGUGUUGGACUUUUGGACGUAUUGCUGCAUUAAUUGUUACCAUGUUCUACCAGAUUUGGCACAUUUGGAAAAGCUGUAUAAUGUUGAAUGUGGACUUGUUGUGAUAGGAGUUCAUUGUGCAAAGUUUAACAAUGAAAAAGAUUCAUCAAAUAUUCUUGCAGCUGUAAGGAGGUAUAACAUCCACCACCCUGUUGUUAAUGAUGCAGAUAGCUCAUACUGGGAAGCUCUUGGAAUACAUUGUUGGCCUACAUUACUCAUAUUAGGACCAGGGAAUAAACCGUUAUUUGUGCUAACCGGUGAAGGACACCGAGAUGAGCUUGUAUCUUUUGUUGGAGUAGCUAUACGUUAUUUUGGUUCCCGCAUCUCCACUGCUGAGAUACCCAUUUCACCAUCAAGUUAUAUUAAACCCAAAGAUUGUGAUGUUUUACAAUUUCCUAGCAAGAUUGCAUUAAACCCAUUUUAUCGUGGUAGAGGUGAGGAACCAUUUUUAGCGAUUUCUGACACGGGCAACCAUCGAGUUAUUUUGACAGACUGUUCUGGUAUCAUUCUGCGUAUUAUCGGUGGAUCAGAACCGGGAUUUAAAGAUGGCAAGCUGAGCGAGGCGCGGCUGCGGUCGCCGCAGGGCGUGUGCUGGCUGUCGGGCAGCGUGCUGGCGGUCUGCGACACCGACAACCACGCCGUGCGCGCCGUGCACCUCGACGACGGCACUGUCGAGGUCCUCGUCGGCACUGGACAACAGUCGCACACCGGGGACUUAGGAGGCAAGUGCCUCGGCUUACAGGCGCUGUCGUCUCCGUGGGACGUGGUGCUCUACACCACGCCUGACAUGGACAUGUCCAUCCGACCGCUGCCACCCCCCGCGCCCCCUGCGCCUCCCACCGCCGCGCCCGCCGCCCCUCGCGCCACUGACCCCCUGCGCGUUGACGACCCUGCUGCCAAUGACGACGCUAAAGAGAAAGAAAAAAAAGACGAGAAGCGCCGCGUGGUGCUGAUAGCGUGCGCGGGCUCGCACCAGAUCUGGGCGCUGUUCCUAGACAACACUAUUUGGUGGAAAUAUAAAAGUUACGCUGAAGGUACUUGCGUGUGUAUAGCGGGGUCCGGUGUGGAGGCGGCGCGCAAUAGCGCAUACCCCAACACCGCCUGCUUCGCGCAGCCCUCCGGACUCACACUCAGGACUGGAACGAGCCCGGAGAUGUUUAUUGCUGACUCAGAAAGUUCCUCCAUCAGAAGACUAGCGCUGUCUACUGGACAAGUGUCUACAUUGUGUGGUGGCGAUAGGAACCCAUUGAAUCUCUUCGCUUUCGGGGACGUAGAUGACAUUGGAGUGGAAGCCAAGUUACAACACCCUCUCGGUGUCGCAUACUGCGAAGCUAACAAGACUCUGUACGUCGCUGACACAUAUAACAAUAAGAUAAAGAAAGUGGAUAUCGGACCUCAGAAAGUUACCACACUAAAUCCGACCAUGAUCGAAACAUCGGACCCUGCCAUAUUCAACGAGCCGUCCGGACUCUCAGCCAGCGCGGACGGCAAAUAUUUAUACAUAGCCGACACAAACAAUCACAGUAUUAAAAUAUUAAAUCUAGCCAAAAACGUCUGCCAGGAGUUCAAAGUGCGCGUCCCCGAUCCCAAAUACACGGAGCCGGAGAACCUCAUCCUAUACAAGAACGAUUUGUUCAUCCACAAAAAGUGCGGCAAUCUUAUAAUUCAUUUUAAUAUGAAUUUAGAAGCGGAUCAAAGUAAAGAAGGCAAGGCAGUGGGGCGCGCGCCUCAGUUCACGCCCGGAGCGCCGCAGAACUGGCACGUCUGGAUCAAAGAUGACAAUAAUAAGGACGUCACCUUAGACGAGUUUGACUUCGUCUCCGGCUCCAGGAAAGGAACUAAACUUCCUGGCAGAGUCGAAAUGAAACUCAAACAUCAAACGGAUAAGACUCAUUAUCUCUUGUAUCUCAGUUUCCAAACAUCGUUGUGUGACUCUUCGGUUUGCUACUCACAUUUCUUUACAGUGAGGUCUACGAUUUUGGUCCGCGACUCGGUGAAACCCGUGGAGUCGUACAGGAUCACCUGCAAAGUGAACCCCGCUAUGACGCGCGCCAGCAAGGCCGAACAGUCCAAGAGAUAACUCAGACUAUACUACGCUACUUCUACUGAUUACCUUCAAAGUGUUAAGAAAAUCUGUUGACAUUCAUAUGUUUAAGAUGUAAACUGCUUUUUUUGUUUAUGAUUUUUUACCAUUGUUAUAAAAAUGUAAUAAUAAACUCUAUGUAAAGUGAA